CUACCAGACAGCCUGGCCAGAAUGGAGCCGACUGAACUGCUCCUCGUGGUCAUGCUUCUCCUAACUGCAAGACUGGAUCUGUGCCUCCCGGCUCCUCCCGCCUGUGACCCCCGUCUCCUAAAUAAACUGCUUCGAGACUCCCAUGUCCUUCACAGCAGACUGAACCAGUGUCCAGACGUUAACCCUUUGUCCACACCUGUCCUGCUGCCUGCUGUGGACUUCAGCUUGGGAGAAUGGAAAACCCAGAAGGAGAAGACCAAGGCACAGGACAUUCUGGGGGCCGCGGCCCUUCUGCUGGAGGCAGUAAUGGCAGCACGGAGACAACUGGGACCCACCUGCCUCUCAUCCCUCCUGGGACAGCUUUCCGGACAGGUCCGUCUCCUCCUUGGGGCCCUGCAGGGCCUCCUUGGAACCCAGCUUCCUCCACAGGGCAGGACCACAACUCACAAGGAUCCCAGUGCCAUAUUCCUGACCUUCCAACAACUGCUCCGAGGAAAGGUGCGCUUCCUGCUGCUUGUAGUAGGGCCCACCCUGUGUGUCAAGCAGGCCCUACCCACGACAGCUGUCCCAAGCAAUACCUCUCUAUUGCUCACACUGCACAAGCUCCCAAACAGGACUUCUGGAUUGUUGGAGACAAACUCCAGUGUCUCAGCCAGAACUACUGGCUCUGGACUUCUGAAGAGGCUGCAGGGAUUCAGAGCCAAGAUUCCUGGUCUGCUGAACCAAACCUCCAGGUCCCUAGACCAAAUGCCUGGACACCUGAACAGGACACACGGACCCUUGAUUGGAACUCAUGGACUCUUUCCUGGACCCUCACCCAUGGCCUUAGGAGCCCCAGACAUCCCUCCGGGAACUUCAGACAUGGACUCCCUGCCCCCCGACCUCUGGCCUGGAUAUUCUCCUUCCCCAACCCAUCCUCCUACUGGGCAAUACACACUCUUCUCUCCUUCACCCACCUCGCCCAACCCCCCGGGGCCAGCUCCAACCUCCAUCUCCUGACCCCACUGUGACAGCCAACUCGACCAGUCCUCUUCUAAUUGCAGCCUACCCUCACUUCCAGAAUCUGUCUCAGGAGGAGUAAGGUACUCCAGCCCUGCCAGCAUCAGCACUGUCUCCAUGUAAAGUUCCCUUUCCAGGAGGGGAGGCCCUGGGAGUCAAGUUAUACCAGAUUUCCUGCUUUCACCUGAAACCCAAAGCCCUGCUAAAGGGGGAUACACGGGACAGAAAAGGGGAUCAUUUUUCACUGUAUAUUGUAAAACUUCAGAAGCUAUUUUUUUAAACUAUCAAUAAUAUUCACCAGAGCAGCUAGUUAUCUUUGGUCUGUUUUCUGCACAAAUUUACAACUUACUAAUUCUCUACGUGCUCUUUUGCAUACAAUUCUGCAAAAGGCUGGACCA